AUGAAUAAACGAAAUCGAGGCAUAUGGCGAGAAGAACCUAAUGCUGAAGAAUGGGCUGAAAGAAUGUUCAGAAACUACGAUAUGAAAAACAUAAAUAGGAGUUACAAACGGUCAGCAGAUAUGCGAUGGAUAACAGGAUACAGAUGUGAACCCAGACAUUAUAGUUACCACACUCGAGCCUACUACAGUCUGAAAUAUCAACCGAUUCUUUGA